AUGUCCGGUCGUGCAGCUCGUGAUAGAGGGAAACGUCAACGAAGACGUGAUGGCACGUCAACGCCCGACGUGGAAUCGGGAGAGGAAGACGGUGUUCGUCGUAGUGAUAGGCUAAAAUUGGCCUCCGAGAAGGCGACGACAAACAAGGAGGAGUGCACCACGCCAUCUGAUCCGUUAGUUUUGAAAAUAGCCCCGCACGAUUAUGGCGUGGAGCCGGAGUUUGAGUCGCCGAUGGUAGCCCCGGACGAUCUCAUCGCGAAAAUCACCGGUGGUAAAAAGCUCCCGUUCCAGAAUACACAAGAGUUGUCUAGAGCUACUGCGGGGAAGUUUAAGAAUCCGUUUUUCCCCACGAAUGCAAUUCGCGACCAUCACGGCAUGACGGCCGUGAUCACGAUGGCCGACGCUCUGCACAUCACAGAUGAUCAGCCGAUCAUGCAGCCGCACAUCGAUUUCCAUAAUAUAGUGCUCAACAUCCGCCAGCCAAAGUUGAGCAACGGCAAGAAGUGGCUCGCGUUGGACAGUCAAAGUUACGAGUACUUCUGCUCUCGGGGCAAAAUCGCCAGUGGUGACACUAGGCCGUCGAUCUUCAGCUUCGACUAUCUGGCUAUGCCAAUCUACGGCGGGUUUCAUUUCAGCGUGAUGAUUGUGGUCAAUCCUAGAGUUGUCACCCUCUCGCUCGACGACAACACCGACACCCCCCCCGCGUGGUUGCUGCUGUACGACUCCCUUGGGAUGCAUGCUGUGGGAGACAAUGCAUUCAAGAACAUGACCAACUUGCUCGGCAUGGCCUUCGAGAAAGAGCACGGAAACCGACCUAUAGAAGAGAUGAAGGCGAGGCUCGGGAGAUUCCAGCCACACGUCAUGGAGGCGUGGCAAAUGCCUUUCCAGCAGAACGAUGUUGACUGCGGCAUCUUCGUCUGCCAGUACCUUCAUGCGCUUGUGGAGGCGUGUUUUGAAGGAGCUGAGAACGGGGUGCGGUUUAGCAUGAGCCCGUUGGCGUACCGACGUGGGUUACGGGCGGAUGUAUGCGCUCUUGCAGAAGGGCGGCUGAUCGGCGAGCUUACCGCAGCUGGGCAUGAGAUCCCUCGUGGCAACGAGAUCAGGAAACCGCAUGAGGCUGAGGUGAUUGGCGAUGAGGUGGAAGAUAAGGAGUGGAGAGCGGAGAUGGCCGAACGGAUGCAUAGGCUGGAGGUUCGCAAUGAGGGACAGGCAGUGGCUAUUGCCAAGCUCGAGAGGCAGUUGCGUGAGCUGAUGCUGUCCCGUGCUCCGCAACAUGGCGUUGAAGGUGAGGCUGCAGGGGAGGCACAUGGUAAUGAGGCAGGGGACGGUGGUGCUGGUGAACAGGCGGGUGUGGAAGACAAGGGUAGGGUCAAUGCUGGCACACACGACACAAUGGGAGGGGCACAUGGAGAGGAACCUGUGGCCGCAGGUGCGAGGAGUAACAGUGCGAAAGUGGGGGUGCGUGCUCAGGGUGCUGGGGGCUUGCUGGGUGCUAGCGAGGCCGUGGGUGCUGGCGAGGCCGUGGGGGCUGGCGAGGCCGUGGGUGCUUGCGAGGCCGUGGGUCCUUGCGAGCCCGUGGGUGCUGGCGACGCCGUGGGUGCUGGCGAGGCUGUGGGUGCAGGCGAGGCCGUGGGUGCUGGCGAGGCCGCGGGUACUGGGCAUGGUUUGACAGCCUCGAACGCCGAUGUGGAUUUGGUGUCAGCAUACAGUGCAGGGACAGAGACGACGAGUCGCAAUAACGCGCGUGGUAGAGCUCCUAGCUCAGGCUAUACAGGAGUAAGCAAACGGGAAGGUAAGUGGGCGGCGAAGCUGUGUGUAGAUGGUCCUAGAGGCAAAUUUCUAGCGCUGGGACGGUACACCGACAUCCUGGAAGCCGCAACAGCCUAUGCCGCAGCCGCUCACAUCUGCCGACUGUCCCUCUCCGGCUCAAAGAUGGUGGAGCUGAACGAGGAGGACAGGAGGUGCUUGGAGGGUUUGACGUCGAAAGGGGUUGAGCGGAUUGUGGAUGCCAAGCGGUGGCCGAAGUGGAGGAACUGGCGUGCAGUGCUCAGCAGCAUCCCUGAGCCUUCCACCCCAGCGGCAGCAGGAGCUCACACACAGGCCCCACCUCCCUUUUCCCACCAGCAUCCUGGAGCCACGUUUGGCUACCAUCAGCCACCUUCCGCCUUCGCUGGACACGCCGGUGCGACCCCAAACCAAGGUGGAUGGCAGCCGUACAGCCAGAGCCACCCUCCUCCCAACCUACAUUAUCCAUCCCAGCCAUUUCCAUUCAACCAUAUCCCAAUCCACCCAUUCGGCCAGGUGCAAGCACCUAUUUCUGUACACCCAGUCCGUGCAGUACCCAUUGCUCCCAACCCUGCAGGCCAUACCAUAGCACAGAACACAGCACCCCAUCCGCAUGUCCUACCCACACCACCAGCCGUUGCACCCAGCACGGCACAACAGGGAACAGACCCACACGCCCACCAGGUUCCGCCCUCUGAGGAAAAUGCACAGGCAAGGGUAGCUGGCAUGACAGAUUCCCAGCACAGUCUGAGCAUGCCCACUGCACCCAACGACCCCAACCCCCCCUCGCACGGCUCCGCACUGGCAAGUGAGCCAGCAACAGGGGCAGCAGACGACAUCAUCGAUGCCUUCCUAGGUCAAGCAACGCAGUAA